UGUGGCGUUGGGGGACGCCCGCGCCUCGCGUCUCCCGAUCGCUGACCUCGUGGGGGGUUCGGGAGAAGACACUGCAGUGAGUUGUAAGUUAGGUCAGGCUCCGGUGUCCCGGGUGAGACCUAGCAGCUAAAGACGCGAGUUUCUUCCCCAGAGCAGUUUGACCUCACUAGUGAGGAAGGAAAAGAAACCUCAGCCCACACACACAUGGCAUUGCUGAGCAGUUAACAGCACUUCACGGAAAUGUGCACUGUGGUCUGAAUCUGUUGUGCUGCUCGCCCUGGUAACCCCCGGCCAGCGCGUCAAGCUGCCAGGGUCAGAAAGCUUCCUGCGAAUGAGACGCAAUGAAAUUCUAUGCGUAAAGAAUGUGAAAGUGAGGACAGACAGACAUCUGAGAGGACUGAGGACCUGAGUUGAGGUCCCAGCACCCAGGCUGGCACUCAAGCGCCAGUACUCCAGCUCCAGGGGCACUGUGGCCGCCUUCUAGAUUCUGGAGACCUCUGCUUUCCCAUCCGCCCGGACCGCAUUCACACGCAGUUUAAAAACACAACAACAGCAGCAGCAGCAGCAAAAGACUACUGUUUGGUUGAGACACGGUCUCACUUUGUAGCUCUGGCUAGCCUGAAACUAUGUAGACCAGACUGGCCACAAACUCACAGAGAUCCAGCCGCAGUUGCCUUCCAGGUGCUGUGAUUAAAGGCUUGCUCCACCAAAAUAAGUGAAUGGACGAACGAAUAUGAAAGGUAACACAAACGUUUUACCGUGUGCCUUGAGGCUGGAAUGUCAACGAAGAGUUCUAAGAUAAAAUGUGCAACUUAAGGAAUGUUCGACUUCAGUUGCAAUAAUGUGUAAGAACUAUGGGAUGUUAGUGCUGGGAGACAUUUCACUCCUAAGUAAAUGAUGAGGAAUAAACAGUUUAUUUCGUCUUGGUCUCAGGAAGUUUCUUCUUUUUCUUUCUCCAAACUAUUGAGCUAGGAAACCACAGAGUGUAUUGCCGUCUCAAACACCAGAUGUUAUCUUAGUUUUUAUAGUACGUCUAAUAAGCAGAACGUAGAAGGGAGGAGAAACAAACCCCUUUAAGUUCAUUUGCAUCUGAAGCUAUGGGCGCUAAAUGCAGUUCAUGUAUUAACAUCUCCUAAUAAAAGCUAGCUUGUUAAUCUUCUACAAUGUUCUAAAAUAUUUCAAAGGCUUUCCCAUUUUAGAUUAUUAAAGAUCGACUUCGUUGUCAAAAGUAAACCUAUUAACAAUAAAUGGCAAGAAAGCACAAGCAAGAAAUCUUGGUGUUUUGUGUUUUGUCAGCAGACACUUCCAGUUUAAAUUCACCUAGCUCACACACCUUACUCAACUUUCACUCAUUGGGUUUGAGUUCAAUAUUGAAUAAAUAAAAUACUUCCAAGAUUCACAAACCUUUGUAGUUUAACCAAAAGCCAGGAGAUCUUAAAGUGAGUUUCUCAAUGAGUUUACAUUCCUUGUGGAUUCCACCAUGGAGUGGUGAGCACACUGGACUCACAAGUUUACAUUAUUCUGCCUUAUAGUAGCUACAGAAAUUGAAGUUUGCAUAAAACUUGCUUCUAGAAAAACCACAACUUAGGUUUACCAGUUUUUAAUCCUAUUAUAUACAUGUAAUGCCUUUCUUUCCAUGGCUUGGCUCAUAUAGUGACAUAAUAAUUUUCAUAAUUGAAUAUGGAACUUCUAAGGAAAUUUCGUUAAAAGAAUUUUAGCCAGUAAGAAGUUGGGUCAUAAAACUUGUGUUUUUAGCUCAACAACUAUGCAUGUUAUCACCCAUUUUCAGGGAAUAGAGUGUUAAAUAUUCUUACUCUGAAAUGUUAUACCUAUUUUCCUUCUACCUAACCUCAUGCUAUGGGUUCUAUCCUAAAUACACUCAAAAGGCCUAAGCUGUGGCGUUGGGGGACACAAGCUGAAGCUUGAUUGCCUGCCUGUGAUGCUAUUGGAAGACUGGGUCCUUAGCAAGUGAGGCCUAGUGGAAGGAAGGGGAGCACAGCUCUGAUGGAGCCAGUGGGGCUUGCCUCCUCCUCACUCUUUCCUGUCAAAAGAGACCAGAAAUAGCUGGAAUGCUAUCUUAAGCCAAAAAUCUAUUUAAACACUUAUUUAAUGCUGCUUAAAUGAAGAAAGAUAUAUAAAACAUCCAAACUCCACCUGGUAACUAUCUAUUGAGACACUGGUCAAUAUGUCACUCAAUCCAAGUCGACCUUCUUCAUCAGAGUUGGUGGAACUUCAUGUUUUUUAUGUCCCUGAAGGAUCGUGGAACUAUAAAUUAAAUACUAUUUCAAUAGAAGUUAUUAACAAAUGUAUUUCUGCUGGAUUUAUAAGAGUAUCACCUCAACUUACUUUACAAGCUUUGAGGGAGCGCCUUGGUGAGUUUCUUGGUGUAGAUGCUGUUGCAGAAAAGUUUUUAUUUCUGAAAUGCAUUGGAAAUAACUUAGCUGUGGUGAAGGAAAAGCAAGAAUCAGAACUGAAACUCAAAUCAUUUGCUCCUCCAUAUGCUCUUCAACCAGAAUUAUAUUUGCUUCCUGUAAUAGAUCACUUAGGAAAUGUUUAUUCAGCAUCAUCAACAGUUACUUUAGAUGAACAGCACAGUAAUAAUGAUGCUACAACAGAGAUUAAUGGAACAAUCCACAGACCAGAUAGUAUAACUUUAUCCAAGGAUGAACCUGGAGAUCCAAGUGUGUUGGAAAAUACUUGGAAAGAAGAAGCAUCAGCUGAGGAAAGCCAGACUGCACAAAAUCACGGUGGGAGUUCCGAGUUGCCAGGGUCACUGGAAGAGUCAAGUAAUUGUUUUGGGAAUGUAAAAAGUCCAUCUCUUUGGAAAGAAGAAGAAGAUGGUGGUAAUACAGGUGUCAACAAACCGCAGGCCAAACCGGUGGGUGACAAGGAGCACAUCACACUACCAGAUCUUAUUGAUUUUCCUUCAUUUCCUUCUCAGCGAGUUUCUUCCAGAUUAACUGACUCCUCUUUAUUAAAAAUUGAGAGAGAGAAGAUUAUUGAACAAAUGAAACAAGUAAAAGAAGAAAGAAAAUAUCUGGAAAGUAUUAGAGAAGACCUAAUAAAAAAAGUUGAAAAACUAUUUGAACAAAAUAAAUCGAAACGAUAUCAUGCCGGUGACAACUGGAAGAAAAAAUACUUUGACACCAAGAAAGUCACAGCAUCAUUGGAGGAAGUCUUAACAAAACUUCGAGAAGAUUUGGAACUUUACUAUAAAAAACUCCUCAUGCAGCUUGAAGCUAGGGAGAUCAAGAUGCGACCAAGGAAUCUGGCAAAUAUCUCAGAUUCGAAGAAUUACCUUAUAAUCCAGAUCACGGAAGUACAGCAUGCAAUUGACCAACUGAAGAGGAAAUUGGACACUGACAAAAUGAAACUCAUAUUAGAAGUUAAGAUGAGAAAACAAGCAGUUUCAGACUUACAGACACUGAAAGCUGAACUGACACAGAAGAAAAUGACAUCUUUCCGAUCUCCACUAUUUUCUGGAGGCGUGCCAACCUAGGGGUUCAACAGAUGACUAUUGUUUGUGAUAAGUGGGCCAGAUGACCAGGUAAUAGCAGUGGAGAAGGAAGUACCCCCUUCCUGGGUCUGACAGAACUGACGCUAAAAGGCUCUUGAAGGUGACUCCCUGGAUGACCUAGCACACAAAAGAAACUUUUGUACUCUGACUAAAAAUGAGGAGCAUAACGGUAACAGUGGAUUGUUGUUUAAAAUACCAUUAAAUGGACUCCAAAGCUCCCCAAA